AUGAAGAACAAAAAAAUCAUUCUAAUGGAAACAAGAUCCGUUAAGAAAAAAAGGCUUCUUGAUGAAAUUUACGCGAGUUUUUCAUGUGGUGAAGACCGCAUCAGUGAUCUCUCUGACGCGGUCAUUCACCACAUUCUUUUCUUCCUUCCAAUCAAAUCCAUCGCCAAACUUAGCGUACUUUCUAAGCGAUGGAGGCACAUAUGGCACACAUUCCCAGAUCUCGAUUUCACAACAAUCAAUGUCCCAUCAACAUCAUCUUCAUCAGGUUAUUAUAACUCAACCUCAAAAGUCAGCUCAUACAUUCGUAACAAUUACAAAAAAUUCCACGCAAAUUGUACUAGUUCCGGAGGUGCUGAUUUCAUAGAUCAAGUGUUAUCUUUUCGCGAAAAAAAUUCAGGGAUCAGAGUACUCCGAUUUCGUGCAAAUUUGAGUUUUUCACGUCUCAACGCCCUGAUACGUGGCGCUGUUAAGCACAAUGUCCAAGAACUCGAUGUUGAAGUAGCCACUAAUGAUUAUUUCAAUUUUCCAAGAAGUGCUAUAACUAGUGAAUCUUUAAGAGUUUUUAAUUUAAAGUCAAAAUAUCCAGGAUUUAGGUUACCACCUUCAUCAAUUAUGAAAAAUGGGUUCAAAAAUUUAUUUUCAUUGUCACUAUCGUGUCUAAUUAUGUACGAACAACCUUCGUUACAUGAUUUAUUCACGGAGACAUCUUUCCCGUUGCUUAAAAAAUUGAGUCUUGAUGGUUGUACGGGGCUAACUUACUUACAUGUAAGUUGUCGUGUACUCGCGAAUUUAAAUCUUGAAAAUUGUUUUCAAUUGGAGAAUUUAGAUAUAAUGUGUCCAAAAUUGGAGAAAUUGAGUGUUAAGAGUUGUUUUGAUUCGUAUACUAGUGGUACUGAGGUUAAGAUUGUUGGUCCAAGGCUAAAAAGUAUUGUUUGGUCGAAUAAUACUAUAACGGACCAAAGUUGUUUGGAGGAUUUAACUUGUUUGAUUGAGGCUUUUGUUGGGUUUUUUGUUCUUCUUGAGGAUAUUGGUACAAUGAAGCUUCGAAGUGUCAAUGAUUUCUUGUCUGGCCUCUCUCAUUCACAUUCAUUAGUUCUUGAAAAUCCAAGUGUUGAGAUUCUAUCGAAGAAUAAUCACUUGGCAGGAAUAUCUCUGCGUCCUUUUAAUGAACUAAGAUCGUUAGAGUUGCACACAGGAUUCCACAAACACAACAUUCCAGGAUUAGCAAAUCUCUUUAGGAGUUCUCCAGCUACUAAUACACUCAUUCUCAACAUUACCAAUGAACACAACAUUCAAAGAAGGAAAUGGAAUAGGGACCUAUGGCAAUUAUCAAACUCUGGUGAAGAAAGAUUUUGGGAGUCACAAAGUAAUGCUAUGAAUUCUUUCCUUCAACAUCUAAAAGUAGUGAAGAUACAUGGAUUCUCAGAGUGUGAAAGUGAUGUUAGUUUAGUGAAGUUUUUGUUGAAGCAUGGAAAAGUGUUGCAAGAAAUGUUCUUGUGUGUAGCUGAGCUUUCCAAAUCAAGAGACUCACUUCAUAGAGAAAAAAUCAAAUCACAAAUAAUGGGGUUUUCUAAAGCAUCUUGUAAUGCUAAGAUUGUGUUCAAGUAAACUUAGAGCUAUGUAUAACUUCCAAGUUUUAAACAAAGGGUAAUUCUGUCA